CAUAAUAAAUGCUCGCCGUAAACGUUGCAACAGGAAGUAUUCGGGCAUACCCGAGUCGCUCAAACAGUCAUUGUUGAUCGAUUGCAAAAUCGCCGCGCUCGCCAGAGAGCCUGGCGGCUUUCCAUAUAAAUGUAACGUCAGGAAGAAGAAGAGGAGAAGAAGAAGCAAGAGCGUAUUAUCGUCGAGACAGAUAUGAGGUCCUCUUUGAUCCUAGGAGUCGCCUUGCUCCUGGCGACAGCGGUUCCGUCCGUCGUCCAGGCGUGUCAUGACCAAACGUGCGGAAAUCUUGGCCCAGGCACCAACGCAUGCAACUGCGGGGAGGUCGUGGUGAAAGCGGCGAAGGUGCAAAAGCCGCUGUUCUACGCGUCGCCGGAAGCAAUCAACGAAGCUGCAGUGGCACGUGAGGCGGUUGGAAGAUUGUCCGUGGGAAUGGGUGGGUGGCAGACCGAAAGCGUGCCAUCUUUUACCACACGGCCAUGCGACAGCGGAGCGUUUAGCAGCAGCAGCAGCAGCAGCAGCAGUAGCGGCAGCUUCAGUUCCUCAAGCUCCUCAAGUUCCUCGUCUUCCGUCGGAUUUCGCGGAGGACUGAUCGGAAGGAAAGCUUACUCGCCAUUCAGGCCUGUUGCCUCGGGCAGAGUUGCCUCCAAUUGCGGAUGCGACAAGACCUCCGAAUCUCUGCAAGUUAGGGAUCUCCUGUCCUCCAAUGUUGAAGGGAAAGUUGUGCCCAGUUUCCCACCGAUCGGCGACCUGUGCUACCCGAAUGUCCAGCGUAGCGGAAAGUUCCAAGUGACCACCAAAGUGACCCCGGCGUACCCUGGCAAGAUCAAAUGCGUCCCUCCCAUUCCUUACGAGGUUUGCGUCCAAGUGCUCAACGGACAGAUCGACGAGGCUGGAUUGAGAGAACUCGGCUAUGCGACCGGUGGAAAGCUCAGCGACUACAUCUCCAGGGACGCAGGCAGGACCACGUCGCUAGGCGGAUACAGGUCGUACGCGGGUUCCAGAGCGAGCUCGACCGGAUACGAUCUCGCGGGAUACGCGAAUUCCGGCGCAGCCUCCUACGGAUACGCAAGUGCGGCGGCUGCCAGCGCUGACGCCAGGGCGAGCCUCGCCGGGAGCUACGGGUACAGCUCCGAAUUUAACAAUGUUGGCGAUAACACAGAGUUCCUCGAAGACUAUUCGUACCCCCGAUUGCCCGCGGACCCGGUCUCGGUCACCUUGGCGUACAAAAAUCUCGUCCCGCGCACCGUGUACCACAACAGGAGGGCAUUCGUGCCGGAAGACAAGCUGGCGUUCGGUCACAGAACUGUGCCGACCGAGUCGAGGCCCGGCAACAAGGUGCCGGACGUCCCCGAGGAGAAGCUUCAGAUCCUCGACAAACCCGUUGUGGAAUUGAAGCCGAUGACGCAGACUCCCAUCAACCACGUCGGUGUUUACGACGAGCACGAGGAAGCCAAGUUGGCGGAGCUCGAGGCCAUCGAGCGCGAGAGGAUCAAUCAGGAGGAGAUCGCCGUACAGCGAGAGAACUUUAUUACGUACGGAGACCUAGGAUACGCGCCAAUCAACCAACCUACGGGGAUGGCCUACGCGGCAGGCUCUGUCGGCGAGUUCAACGCGGAAGACGAUAUCGAGCCGGACUGCGGUCCCGUAGGACCACCAGAUCCCGAUUACGUUCCCGGCAGCGUCGUGAUCAAUCAAGAAGUCGUGGAGGACGAUGGCGAGGUCGUGGUUGACGCCCGGACAGACGUCGACGGUUCAAAGGUGUACGUUCGCCAUUACGACGACGGAAGCAGCGACGAGCAGGACGACAGCGACGAUUCCACGUCCGGCAUAUUCGCCAGGUUGAAAAGUGCCGCCCGGAAAUUCGGUCCCCCAUGUGGGGCCGUGUGAUCUCAACGCGGGGAAACGUGAAACGACUCGCUUCAUUGACGGUUCGCGACUAUCGAGAUGAAUCUUGGAUUCGUCUGAAACGCGAAGACGUGGACACAUCCGAAUAUUACACUAGUCUCAGUUCUGUUGUUUCUUUGUGAUGUUAUUAUUGUUAAGAUAAUAUAUAGCAGCAGUGCGACAAUUUAA